UUCCCGCCAUCCGGAAUACCUUCACUUCACUCACCGUCGAUUUCACAAAUGCCUCUGUGCCUCCUCCCUAACCGCCUGUUACCUUUACCUUCCUGUCCUCUCAUCACCUGCCUCGCGUCCCCAGCGGCACUCCGUUCCUCUCCCUCCUCGCCACCACCAGCACUCCCUAACCUCCUCAACAACACAACCCCCGUCCCCUCCCUAUCCUGCGCCCUCCAGUGUCCUCACUUCCAAUCCUGCUCUGGUUGCACGCAUGAACUCAAUCUCCACCGUCCGAUUAUCGUCGACGAGGCUGAUCAAUUUUUUAAGAGUCUAGGAGUUUCAGAUUUCGAUUUUGAUAGCAGUAGACUGUGGGGAUGGAGGACUCGGGCAAAACUGGCCGUUCGUGGUUCCUCGAUGAAGCCGCUGAUUGGGCUUUAUGAAGAAGGCACUCAUAACGUAGUGGACAUCCCCCAUUGUAAAGCUCAUCAUCCGAAUAUUAAUGCGGCCGUUGAACUGCUGAGACAAGGUGUUACUAAGUUGAAUAUCGAGCCAUACGAUGAAGAUGAGGGGACAGGCGAAUUGCGAUAUGUUCAGAUGGCCGUGACGACUUACAAUACGUCUCUUCCUGCCCCAGAGAGAUAUAAAAAUGGUAAGGUGCAGGUCUCCUUAGUUUGGAAUUCGAGAAAUGAGAAUUCUCAUAAUUUUGAAAAAUUAAAUGCCUUGGCUAAUUUUUUAUGGAGGAAUGGUGGACCAAAGAGUGACGUCAGGUUUAUUCACUCUGUAUGGGCUAACUUUCAGACAUCAACAAACAAUAUUAUUUUUGGCAAUAGAUGGAGGCAUCUUUUAGGAGAAAGUGGCUUUUGGGAACACGUAGGAGGAAUUGAUAUUUCCUUGUCUCCGUCCAGUUUUGGACAAGCAAACACUCGGGCUUUUGAUAACCUGCUGCGGAGGUUACAAAAAUAUGUUCCGUAUGGAGCAUCUGUCACUGAUUUGUAUGCAGGAGCUGGUGCAAUUGGAUUAUCAUUGGCAGCCACUAGGAAAUGCAGAUCUGUUAAAUGUGUUGAGGUUAACAAAGAGUCAAAGCUGUCUUUUGAGAAGACUGUUGAACGCCUUCCAAACUAUGUAGAUAGCAGCAUUAGUUGGCAUCAUGCAGACACUUCAGUUGAACCUCUUUCUUGGCUCAUGGGGUCAGAAGUAGUCGUUGUAGAUCCUCCUAGAAAGGGACUCGAUGCAUCUCUUCUUGAUGUAUUACGGACAAUAUCGUCACUGGAGCGCAAAGCUAAAUCAGCACCUGAGAGCUCUUAUUCAAAAGUCAAAGAUGAGAAAAGACCAUGGGUGUUACGUGCAAUGAAAGAUUCAGUUCAAAUUGGAAGCAAGCCAGCUCUUGAGGGCUCAGAAUCACUGCCUCAAACACUUAUUUAUAUAAGCUGUGGAUGGGAAAGCUUCAAAGAGGAUUGCAAGUCAUUGUUAUCUAGUAAGAAAUGGCGUCUGGAAAAGGCUCAUGGUUUUAACUUCUUUCCUGGCACCCAAAGCAUCGAAGUUUUAGCUGUGUUCAAGAGGGGCCAACGAGCAGGUCUCAAGAAAAAGAAAUCCGGGAAGAAGAAAAAACGCUUAUGAGGGAAACAUCCAUUAAUUUAAAAUGAAUUUACCCACAGAAUGUAUGCUUGUGAAGGUGAAGAGAAACCUCGAGGUGCAAACUACAGGUAAUUAGAACAUGUGAGAGAUGGCUAAGAGGAAAUUUAUCAGAGGCCUCAGCUUUAUUUUCUGCUCUUGAGUGGAAAAGGAAUGAGGUGUAAAAGAAUGACGAGAAAUUGCAUCACUUUUGUAUCCCCUUAUCUCCUCUAGAAUUUUAUUAGAGAAUGUAAAACUCAGAGCAAAAUUAUGAUUCAGGCAGAAAAAAUUUUGUUA